AUGGCAGUCUGUGUCGCAGUUAUCGGCAAAGAUAAUUCGCCUUUAUACAUCGGCGGUAUCGGCAACGAUACAAGUACUGAUAAUGAGCUAUCACGGCAAUGGCUUGUGCACACUGCAUUGGAUGCCCUGGAAGAGAGACUUGCAAGUACUAACGCUAAUAACACAGGUGCUAAUACGAACGCCGCCCGCACCGAUCUGAGAGAUCUGUACUUAGGUCUGCUAUAUUCAACUGACACUCAUAAAAUUUACGGCUACGUGACAAAUACGCGUAUCAAGCUGGUUCUAGUGACCUCUUCCACGUCUCCCAGCGGCUCUAAUAUUCGUGAUGCCGAAGCAGCCGCUGUCGUGUCAGGCAAGGACAUUGAGAAGCCUCAGGCUGAGAUCUCACCCAUCCACCGCAUCAGGAUCACCCUGACCUCCCGCAACGUGCGCUCAUUGGAGAAGGUGUGCGCUGACCUCAUCAACGGUGCCAAGAAACAGAAGCUCCGUGUUAAGGGCCCCGUGCGUAUGCCAACCAAGGUGCUCCGCAUCACCACCCGUAAGACCCCUUGUGGUGAGGGUUCCAAGACCUGGGACCGCUUCCAGAUGCGCAUCCACAAGCGUGUGAUCGACCUGCACUCGCCCUCUGAGAUCGUGAAGCAGAUCACCUCCAUCAACAUCGAGCCUGGUGUAGAAGUUGAAGUCACCAUCGCCGACGCGUAG